AUGGCCGAAUCUUCGCUCCAAACGUUCGGUGAAAGUAAAGACACCGCGAUCGGUGGGAUGGUGAUUGCGGUGAUUUGCAUGGGAUCAAUCAUCUUUCUAAUCGGAUUUUUGGGAUUUUGUGGAGCUUGCCUGAAAAGCGCAUGCAUGUUGAUUCUUUAUGGAGUCUUACUAGGCAUUCUCACUAUUGGCCUGAUCGCCGGUGGUAUUGCCGGUCUGGUACUGCGUCAAGAAGGCUGUGAAGAGGCGUUUGGCAAGUUUUUACAAGACAAUCUGGUCGUGAUCGCCAUUUCCAUAUUCGUCAUCGCUUUUGUUCAAAUCAUGUGCAUGGUAUUUGCCGUGUGCAUAAUUCGGGCGAUCAAUAACGAUGACAGUCAAACUGCAUAG